AGUUAGUCACGACGCGGCCAGGGCGCACCCCAGGGCUUGGCGUUGCUUCUCUGGAGCCAGUAAAUCCCAGGGCCGGCUCAGCCUCCUCCCCUAAAAGGGACGGCCGGACUGCUCUGUGCCAGAACCGAGCGCUAGGGCGAAAGUUUUGGACUGCUGAGAAGAAUAGGGGAAGAGCAGCUGCUCCGGCCGGGAGAGGAAGGGAACUAGAGGAGCGGGUUUUCCACUCUAAGUUAGUGCGUCAGUCGCCGCGUCCCGGGAGCUGCCUGCUGGACUUCAGCUCCCCCAGCCCCCGAGGAAUGGGACUCCUAGUCUGGGUCCGAGGCCGGCGCUAGAGGCUUUGCCGGAGGCCGGUGCGGGGGAACUUCUCGCUUGAGUUGUUGCCUUGGGCCCUCGUCGUCUGCAGGAACUCUCCGGAAUCGGGAGGGGGAGGACUGGAUCGAGCUUCCACUGGGAUUCGUCAAGAGUUCCGGCGGCAGCUGCGGCGGUUGCGGAGACUCCCUUUGUCCUCCUAAGACCUCCCUCCUUCCCUUUCUCCCUCCUUCUGUCAGCCUGUGGGUCCGGCUGCCCCAGGCGCCGGCACCCCGGCUGCUCGCCGCCACCCACCUCAGGGUGCGCGUUCCUGGUGACUCUGCCACCUUCGCGUGCCCCCUUCGCGUGCCCACAGAACCGAGCCGAGCCGAGGGGCUGCGAGCGGGAGGCAAGCGCAGACCCCUGGCCGCACGAUGGUGGCAGGGCCGGCCGGAGCCCGCAGCCCCGGGAGGUGGCUGUUCCCCGGGCUGUGGCUAUUGGCGCUCAGCGGUCAUUGGGGGCUGCUGCGCGCCCAGGAGCAGCCCUCCUGCAGGGGAGCCUUUGAUCUCUACUUCGUCCUGGACAAGUCUGGGAGUGUGGCAAAUAACUGGAUUGAAAUUUUCAAUUUUGUCCAGCAACUUACGGAGAGAUUUGUGAGCCCUCAAAUGAGAUUAUCUUUCAUUGUGUUUUCUUCUCAAGCAACCAUUAUUUUGCCAUUAACUGGAGACAGGGACAAAAUCAGCAAAGGCUUGGAGGAUUUAAAACAUGUCAGUCCAGUAGGAGAGACGUAUAUCCAUGAAGGACUAAAGCUAGCGAAUGAACAAAUUCAGAAAGCAGGAGGCUUAAAAACCUCUAGUAUUGUGAUUGCUCUGACAGAUGGUAAGUUGGACGGUCUCGUACCAUCAUAUGCAGAGAAAGAGGCACAGACAUCCAGGUCACUUGGGGCUAGAGUGUAUUGUGUUGGUGUCCUAGAUUUUGAACAAGCUCAGCUCGAAAGAAUUGCUGAUUCCAAAGAACAGGUUUUCCCUGUCAAAGGUGGAUUUCAAGCUCUUAAAGGAAUAAUUAAUUCUGUGUUAGCUCAGUCAUGCACCGAAAUCCUGGAAUUGUGGCCAUCAAGUGUCUGUGUGGGGGAGGAAUUUCAAAUUGUUUUGACGGGAAGAGGAUUCAAGUUGGGCAGUCGGGAUGGCAGUGUGCUCUGCACUUACACUGUAAAUGAAACAUACUCAAAUAGUGUAACAGCAGUAAAUGUACAGCUCAAUUCUAUGCUUUGUCCUGCACCAACCUUGAAUAAAGCUGGAGAAACUCUUGAUGUUUCAGUGAGCUUUAAUGGAGGAAAAUCUGUCAUAUCAAACUCAUUGAUAGUCACUGCCACAGAAUGUUCUAAUGGGAUUGCGGCCAUCAUUGCCAUUCUGGUGUUACUGCUUCUUUUGGGUAUCGGUUUGAUGUGGUGGUUUUGGCCCCUUUGUUGCAAAGUGGUUAUCAAGGAUCCUCCACCACCACCACCACCAUCUGCACCAAAAGAGGAAGAAGAACCAUUGCCUACCAAGAAAUGGCCAACAGUGGAUGCUUCCUAUUAUGGUGGUCGAGGGGUUGGAGGAAUUAAAAGAAUGGAGGUUCGAUGGGGAGAUAAAGGAUCUACUGAAGAAGGUGCAAGGCUAGAGAAAGCCAAAAAUGCUGUGGUGACAAUUCCUGAUGAACCAGAGGAACCCAUCAGGCCUAGACCGCCUCGACCCAAACCCACGCACCAGCCUCCUCAGACAAAGUGGUACACACCAAUUAAGGGUCGUCUUGAUGCACUCUGGGCACUGUUGCGUCGGCAGUAUGACAGGGUUUCCGUGAUGCGACCUCAAGAAGGAGAUGAGGGCCGGUGCAUAAACUUCUCCCGAGUCCAGUCUCAGUAAAAGGAAAGCAGGAAAACCAAGAAAGUAUGAAGGUGGCACCUCUUCACUAUGCUGAUUUCCAACCAAAUGAAAAAAAAUCAACACAAUUCACAAGUUUGUGGAAGAGUAGCUUAAUUCCUCUUGGGCAGGAAAUGUUUUCUCUGCCUUUUGCUUUGCUAGCACCAGAUGUUUCUUACGCUGUCCAGACAGGAGUCCGUGAAACCCAGUGGCAGCACAUCAUGACAUUGAAAAUGAGGAAUGUUAAUCGGCAUGCCACGAUGUAUACAAGGAAUUUAGUUUGAAAGUGAAGAGGAAAACCAAAAAAUAACAAUCAGAACCUACUGUAGCAUAAAGAUGGUAUCAAAAUAGGUACCAAAAACCAACUAGCUAGAAUGGGUCUUUGAUGGAGAGAGGAGUUUUCUUACACAGAAAUAUGGAACUUGUGUUUUUACGUACCAAGAUUGUCAGGCACAGGCAGAGUACAAAAUUUACCACCAGGCUAAGCAAAUAAAGGAGUCCACUGCCUUAUAGCUCUGUCAGAUCACAAAAUUCUUCCCAAGUCCCUGAUCACAGUAUGCCUUACAGGAAGCUUCCGACCGGAAAAUCUUGUCAUUCUCACACUGAAAAGUGCAUACGCAUGACAAAAUGUAGACAGGAUGCCUCAAGGUAUUGGUGGCAAGGAAGAUAUUGCCCUUUAGUGUUUGAAGACACCCUUCUUUCAUUAUGCACUCAGGACAAGAAGAAAAUUAAUAGAGCGUUAUUCUACAAGAAGUCAGCCUCUAACCCGAGAUCUUGAGUGGAGUUUAAGAAACUCAUGACUUGAGACCUGUCUCUAUGUCUGGUAGACUUCCUUCUUUUUCUAUGUUUAGGAUUUAGUAGUGCAUAAAGUAUUAAUAUCUGUAAACAUACUUAGGAGUUUGUUUUGUUUUUAAUUUAAGGGAAGCAGUAACGAGAACGCUUCUGCUGGGUUUUUUCUUCCUCUAAGUCUCCAAGGGCUCUUCAGCUUCACAAGCCAGCAACUCUCUUUGCAUGAAAAUUUCAAACUUUAAUUAAUAUAAUUAAAGGCAACAGCAAGCAGCAGCCUGUGAAGAUUUUGCUCAUCUUUUUUAUGCCUUUUGACAUUGAAUGACCUAUUACUGUAUGCGCAUUACUUGGAUUUUGAGGGGCACUCUACCUUGGUUGUAAUUCACUAGAGGAAAAAGACCUUCUUUCAUCAAUUUAUAAAUUAAAUUUCCAGGAGAAUCAGCCAUCAUAAAACAUUGAUAAUGUAUGUAUUAUAAUUUUUUAGAAAACCACCAUUGUGUCACGUUGACGAUGCCAAAUUAUGUUAGUGUGAGUGGAAACACUGUGGGGGAGGAAGAAGGCAGCAGCUGAAGAAACAGCUCAAAUGAUCUAGUCACUUUCGAUACUGUACUUCAGAUGCGAAAUGGAUAUUCGACUCGAAACCUGACAAAGCGCGCCUGUUUUGAUGUGAACUGGUAUAGACAAUGACCAGUGGCUGGGUCAGUGGGAUGUCUCUCUGCGCGCACAAAGGCUUAUCAAGUGACAUUAAAAAUAAGUUCAACAACCAUCACAUUGGAGAGGAGAAGAUGAACAUUUCAUGUUUGGCGGGCAUAUGUGUACAUAAGAUGGAAACAGUGAUUUGGAGCAUCCCAGUAUAAUUACCCUCAUUGUGCUCUUAAUGGAAAUUUCAAAGGACCAGAGUGAUUCUGUUGGUUGGUGUCCAGAUUUGUGGUACUGCUCAGAAAAGCCUUAUGCACACACAAAUUUAUAUGUAUUUAUGUUACACAAUUAUAUAUAUAUAUAUACAUACACAUGUAUACCCUCUAGCUUGAACCUUUUGCUCAAGUUUAUUUAUGUCACUGGCUGGCUGGAUCCAAAGUCAUGUGUCACCUAUUCAUAAAUGAAAUUUUUACCUGUGCCUUUGAUAACAUUUUCUUUAAGCCCACAUAAAGCUCAUGUCUUGUUUGGUUGAAUAUAGAAUUGUCCUGGGUAGUUUUAUGGACAAAAUUGUAUACAGUUCCAAAAUGCCCCUCAUGUUCACAGUGAUACUACUUACGGUAGUUAUCCAUGUAUGAAAGUGGGGUCUGGAAGCUUGAUACAGUAUACCCAACCCUUUCUGCAAUGAGACCUUGUAAACCUUUGUUCUACAUUUGUGGCUGGGACAUGACCUCUUGCUCUUUCCUUAAAUGGGCACUUUAGUUCUGAUCAGUACAUACCCAUAGAUGGUAUCUUAAGAGCACCAAGAAUACUAUAGAAGCUAAGACCACGUCUCAUUGGUAGUUGCUUUAAAGUUGUCUCAUGUCAUACUGCAUACUUCUGUUUUGCUGUAUGAGCAAUGCAAAUAGACCUUCUGACAUUGAAUGGCAAAAUAGCUUCUUGAACAUUGUAAUGCAAAUGUAUUUCCAGUUCUAAUACCACUAUGAAGAGCUCUCAAUGAAGAAGGAGAGACAAUGGUCUAUAUGUAGACUAAAAUAAACAUGCCAUUUAUAAAGUUCAAAAA